UUGCUGACAAGGCUGCCUACCUGAUGGGUCUGAACUCAGCUGACCUGCUCAAGGCCCUCUGCUACCCUCGAGUCAAGGUUGGAAAUGAAUAUGUGACCAAGGGUCAAACAGUGCAACAGGUAUACAAUUCAGUAGGUGCCUUGGCAAAGGCUGUGUUUGAGAAGAUGUUCUUGUGGAUGGUUAUUCGCAUCAACCAACAGCUGGAUACCAAGCAACCGAGACAGUACUUCAUUGGUGUCCUGGACAUUGCUGGCUUUGAGAUCUUUGAUUUCAACAGCCUGGAGCAGCUGUGCAUCAACUUCACCAAUGAGAAACUGCAACAGUUCUUCAACCACCACAUGUUCGUGCUGGAGCAGGAGGAGUACAAGAAGGAAGGAAUUGAAUGGGAGUUCAUUGACUUUGGGAUGGACCUGGCUGCCUGCAUUGAGCUUAUUGAGAAGCCCAUGGGCAUCUUCUCCAUCCUGGAAGAGGAGUGCAUGUUCCCCAAGGCAACUGACACCUCUUUCAAGAACAAGCUCUAUGACCAGCAUCUGGGCAAGUCCAACAACUUCCAGAAACCCAAGCCUGGCAAAGGCAAGGCUGAGGCCCACUUCUCCCUAGUGCACUAUGCUGGCACGGUGGACUACAAUAUCUCUGGCUGGCUUGACAAGAACAAAGACCCCCUGAAUGAAACCGUUGUGGGGCUGUACCAGAAAUCAUCCCUGAAGACACUGGCCUUACUCUUUGCCUCUGUUGGAGGAGAGGCAGAGAGUGGUGGUGGUGGCAAGAAGGGAGGCAAGAAGAAGGGUUCUUCUUUCCAGACUGUAUCAGCCCUUUUCAGGGAAAACCUAAACAAGCUGAUGACCAAUCUACGGAGUACUCACCCCCAUUUUGUGCGCUGUAUCAUCCCCAAUGAAACAAAAACACCUGGUGCCAUGGAGCAUGAACUGGUGCUACAUCAGCUGCGCUGUAACGGCGUGCUGGAAGGGAUCAGAAUUUGCAGGAAAGGUUUCCCCAGCAGAAUCCUGUAUGCAGAUUUCAAACAGAG